UCCUCGACUUGAUAAAAACCACUCGGACUGUCUUCCGCUUUCCGCUUUAGCUCUCCCCAUUCUGGGACGUUUUACGUUAAGGUCGGUGUGAAUACAACGGUUUUCAUCCAUUAGCGUUACCGGCUCCGGGACCUUGCCAUACUCCUCGGGUUCGGAUCAGACUCGGCUGCGCUCGGACCUCGUCUCGGCGCCGCUGCUGCUCGGUCGCAUUCGGCUCUUGUCGUAGCGCUGGAGAAUGGACGAAGCGGACUCGGCCACGAAGGCGCUCGGGCUGGAUGAACCGCCCAUCGACGAGCCGCCGGUGGACUCGGAUACCGAGUCGGAGGCCGAAGUUGCCACGAUGGCUGUGAUGGCGGAACCGGGAAACAUCGACAUGGAAGCCGAGUCCCUGCCGAACCCAGACGAGGCUGACGCGGCGUUCGCAGAGAUGACGGUGAGGGACGUUCAGGCUGCAGAGGACAACGUUUACACCACGACCGUCGCCACGUCAGGAAGCCUCCCUGAACACGUGCUGAGUGGGAGGACGACCCUCCAGCUGGGUGAGGGUCUCAGUACCCAGAAGGCCACACUGAUAGUGGUUCACACUGAUGGCAGCAUCGUGGAGGCUAGUGGCCUCAAAUCUGCCACCGCCAUUGCACCAGGUCCACAGACCACGCCCACUCCACUGACUCCUCCCCAUGACAAAGACUCUGGCUCCAAGUACAACUGGGACCCAUCAGUCUACAACAAUGAGCUGCCGGUCCGCUGUAGGAACUCCAGUGGUGUCCUCUACAAGAACAGACUCGGAUCAGGGGGUAAAGGUCACUGCAUCAAAUUCAACCAGCAGUGGUUCACUCCCACUGAGUUUGAAGGUCUGGCAGGAAGAGCGAGCAGCAAAGACUGGAAGAGGAGCAUCAGAUACGCUGGCCGCCCUCUGCUCUGCCUCAUACAGGAGCGCAUCCUGAACCCCCACGCUGCCUCCUGUACCUGUGCAGCCUGUUGUGAUGACCCGACAGCGAUCGGGACGUAUUCCACUCAGGUUUCUUUUUACAGACAGUGUCCAAAGGAUGGAGAGUCUCUGGCUACAGAAAGCCUCGCUAUGAGUGGACCAGUCCGCCUCUUCGUCCCCUACAAGAGACGGAAAAAGGAUAUGGAUCUUCCUCCAACCCCCCCAAAAAAGGAGCUUCCUUCAACCAAGAGCAUCACGCUGACCCCUGGGACCACAUUCACCAUGUCCCCGACUGGAACGUUCACCACCCCCGGCACCUUGACCUUUGACCGCAGUCCAACUGCUGACGCUACCGCCGCCGCUGCUGCCGCCAUCAUCUCUGAGGGUUCGGCACAGAGCGAGGUGUUUGCCAGCACAACAGUGCUGACCGCUUUGCCAGCGUUGGCCGUGACACCUCAGCCCGUUCAGGCCAAGAUGUCAGUGGCAGCGGUAGUGUCUCCAUCGGCAGGGCUGGUGAGUGGGCUGGAGGUCGGGCCAGCAGAGAGCGAGGGCCAGAAGAACACCUGGCUGUACCUGGAGGAGAUGGCCGACACGCUGCUGAGCAACGUGCAGCAGCUGAAGGCUCUGAUCGAACAGGCCAAGGUCUCUGCAGUGGACACGACAGGGUUCAAAGGUCAGGGAGGCAGGAAGGAGUGUGGUUUCAGUCAGUCGUUUCAGAACCAGAUUACCUUUCAGCAGCCGGACGACUCUGAUGCCAAGAGGAACUCUGACAUUACUGAGAUCAUCAUCAAUCAGAUGUGCGUAAACUGUGGUCGAAUGGCAAUGAGUGAGUGUACCGGCUGCCACAAAGUCAACUACUGCUCCACCUUCUGUCAGAGAAAGGACUGGAGGGAUCAUCAGCACAGCUGCUGUCAGUCAGCAGGGGGCAUGAGCAUCCAGGAGGAGGAUCCAAUCACAGCCAUCGACAUGGACAAAGUGAAAUGAUGAUGUUGCAGGCGGACCUCUACAUCAUCAGCUGCUGCAGACAGGAAGUCCGUAUGUGGGCAAAGAGGAGGGAUUUUUUUUACUUAAUAUCCUCUCAGUGGAGCUUUUAUUGUGAAAAGUGUCUCCACAGACCAGUAUGAGAAGAAGGUCUGUGAUCUUCUGACAGUUGAACUGUUUGUACAUAAACUGUUAAGACUGCAGAAGGCUGCAGCUCUGAUCGUCAAACUUCUAUUUAUGGAAACAGAAAUCUGUCUGAACGCAUUGAACUGUACGUGAGCAUAAAUAAGGCUUCAUAUUUAUAAAGUGUACAGAUUUCAUAUUUUAUUUUUGUAUUCGUUGUGUUCCCUCUGUGGCUGUUUUCUGUUUGUUGAAACAUAAUUUUGAAUCUCCAGAGACUUCCUGGAUAAAUAAAGGUCAAACACAUCAAUAAAAUAGAAAAUUAUAUUUAAUUCAAACUCCA